AAACCAACGUCUCGUUCACAGCGUUCACAUCUCACCACCUUCGCAAGCUUCAAAGCCCACCCACCCGUAUUCUCGGGUUCAUCAUCAACUAUAAUAUAUAAUUGCUCGCGCCUUAUAGGUUACCAAACGCUCCGUGUACCUCAAGUACCUGAACCUACCCCAGAUAGCGGAGAACCACACUUGCAGCUCGACAAAGCCAUGGCUGCGGGCGUUGCUAUCGAGAGCAUGACAUCAGAGCUCAUCAGCCAGCUUCAGCAGUCUGUUCAUGACUGUGCUGAUCGCGCUCUCACAACCGCAUCGAAAUGGUCUUCAGAGCUUCUCCUCUCUUUGCCCCCGACAAGAAGAACUUCUCUGCUAGCCUCGCCAAAAUCUGCCUUGGUUUUCUCGACCUCAACGCCUGCCCGUCCGCGUUCCCCGCGUCUUUCGAUCGCGUUUCCCCCUGCUCCCACACCGUCACAUGUUACCAUUGAAUGUCUUGAUCAUGGACACGCUCCUGCUCAGGACAUUCAACUUCAAGACUCCGACCUAGAACGCCAAGAGGAGACAGCAAUGUUAGCGGCGCGUUCGUAUAUGGCAGCCAAGGAGUUCCACCGUGCUGUAUAUGCCCUCAAAGAGUGUAAAUGUCUCAAAGCCAAGUUCUUGGAUGUUUAUGGCCGGUACCUGGCGUACGAGAAAACCAGUAUGCGAGAAUGGUACAGACUGGCCGGUACCCGCAAUCAGCCACCGGCCCCCGUCAACCGCUAUUUGUUGGACCUUCUUGGUGUAGUCCAAAACUUCACAGAUCCGUGGCUAUUAUUUCUGAAAGGGUUGUUCUUGUAUCGUCUUUCUCGAAGAGCCGAAGCUAUAGAGAGUGUUGUCUUGUCUCUCGCUGAGUAUGCCUGGAAUUGGUCGGCUUGGACUUUGCUGGGGCAUUGUAUUAAUGACGUCGAAGAGUUGGCCUCCAUUGUCCGGCUUAUUCCUGUUGAUCCAAGUCAUCCCAUUCUUCAGAUGUUCCAGAUCAAGACCAUGAACGACAUUCAGAACCCGUCACAAAAUGAACUUAUGCUAUGCGAUCGAUUAUUGAGCGAUAAUUUUUUCCCAACUAGCGCUUGGGUGAUGAGCCUUCGUGCUUGCGUCCUUUAUCAUUUGCAUGACUUUUCACAAGCGGAAACCCAGUACGAAAAGAUCAUUGCGGUAGACCCCUACCGUAUUGAUGACAUCGAUGUGUUCUCAAAUAUUCUCUAUGUGACUGAGAAUCGGCUCAAGUUGGCUAGGCUAGCCCAAGAUUACCUCGAGUUAGACAAGGACAGACCGGAAGUUUGUUGUUUGGUUGGAAACUAUUACUCUCUCCGGGCCGAUCAUGAGAAAGCAGUGAAAUACUUCAAACGCGCCACAGAGUUGGACCGGUCCUAUCUUUCGGCUUGGACACUUAUGGGCCAUGAAUUCGUCGAGAUGAAGAACUCCCAUGCAGCGAUAGAGGCUUAUCGGCGGGCGGUCGACAUUAGCAGAAAAGAUUAUCGAGCAUGGUACGGUCUAGGCCAGGCUUACGAGCUUCUGAGCAUGCAUCAGUAUGCGCUCUACUACUACCAGCAUGCUACUUCGUUAAGGCAAGCACUUCUUUUCACACGAAUGCCCGAAUUCGAGGGCCUCACUACCUACGCCAGGCCAUAUGAUGUGCGCCUAUGGCAAGCUCAGGGGUCAUGCUACGAAGAGCUUGGGAAGUUCAGGGAGGCGAUUGAAUGUCUGAAACGCGCGCUACUCGGGGCCGAUCCCCACGAGACAAUCAUUACGCUAAAACUGGCAAAAUUGCAUGAAGAACUUGACGAAUUGACCGACGCGGCCAACUAUCACCAGCGGAUUGUCCAGGUGUGCCAGGAAGACGCGCGACCGGUGCCGGAUUACGCAAAGUCUGCCGUCUUCGUCGCACAUUACCACAUGGGUAUUGAAGGUGGAGACGUGCUGCUGGCGAAGGAAUAUUUGGAAAAAGUCGCUCAGAGUAAUGCGGAGGAAGUAUCUAGAGCGUCGGAGAUGUUGAAAAGGCUGGAGCAGAUCCUGGGUCAAUUGCAGGAUGGACAUGAAGACGCGUCUUGAUUGAACUCCUUCCCAAAGGCGAUAGAUUUGCAUCUGGGCCGUCGUAAGAGUACGGUGGCUGGCUGUUGAUGUUCAUACUUGGUAGGCC